AUGGAACAUAGAGCUGCUUUAACACCAGAGACAGCCAAAAUCUUGCUAGAUAAUGGUUUCAAAAUCACUGUCGAACGUUCAGAAGAAAGAAUCUUUGAUGAUGAAGAAUAUGCCAAAGUUGGAUGUCCUUUGGUCGAAAAGCUCAGUUGGAAAACUGAUGCACCCGCUGAUGCUUACAUUGUUGGUUUGAAGGAGCUUCCUGAAAACGAUGAUUCUCCUCUGCAUCACACCCACAUCUUUUUUGCUCAUUGUUUCAAAAAUCAAGCUGGUUGGAAGGAAUUAUUACAUAGAUUUGAUGUCGGUAAAGGAACUAUACUUGACCUUGAGUUCUUGAAUGAUGCCAGUGGUCGUCGGGUUGCUGCUUUUGGUUACAUGGCCGGCUUUGCUGGUAGUGCUGUAGGUAUUGAUGUCUGGUGUCACCAAAAGUUGAAUCCCCAAGAAAAGUAUGGUGCUUUGACACCCUAUCCUAAUGAAGAUGCUAUGAUUUCUUAUAUCAAGGAACGCCUAGCUUCAGCCAUUGCAUUAAAUAACAAUGAAUAUCCAAAGGUUAUGGUUAUGGGCGCUUUGGGUCGUUGUGGCACAGGCGCUUGUGACUUUGCUCGUAAAGCUGGAAUUCCAGAAGAGAACAUUAUCAAAUGGGACAUCAACGAAACCAAGAAGGGCGGCCCUUUCCCUGAAAUUGUUGAAUCUGAAAUCUUUGUCAACUGUAUAUACCUAAACCAGAAGAUUCCUCCUUUCAUUACUCAGGAAUUGAUCGAUGGCAGCCGUAAAUUAUCUGUGAUCUCUGACGUCUCUUGUGAUACCACCAAUCCUAACAAUCCCAUCCCUGUUUAUACCAUCAAUACCACAUUUGACAAGCCCACUGUACCUGUUCAGACCACCAAUCCUUAUCCUUUAGAAGUCUGCUCCAUUGAUCAUUUACCAACACUCUUGCCUAGAGAAAGCUCAAAUAUGUUUUCACAUGAUUUAUUACCAACAAUGUUAGCUUUGAAGGAGCGUGAAAGCAAUCCUGUUUGGGGUGGUGCUGAAGCUUUGUUCAAGGAAAAGCUGGAAGCUUCAAGAAACUAG